AGUUUCAACGUGUUUUGAUAAGCAAAGCAAAAUGGCUUUUUUCUUGAAACAGACCGCUAAUUUGUUGGCUAAAACGACACGAAGAAGCAUAUUAUCUCCAUCAAUUGUUAAAAGUUCAGCAUCAAGUUCUUUACUACGGAAAUGUUUUUCAAUAAGCAGUGUAAAAAUGAGCAAGGCAUUUAUCCAAAAACCUGCCCCUGAUUUCGAAGGCACUGCUGUGACAGAAAAAGGAGAAUUCAAAACAGUUAAGCUUUCAGAUUACAAAGGGAAGUAUCUCGUGUUUUUCUUCUAUCCACUGGACUUCACGUUUGUUUGUCCCACUGAAAUUAUUGCAUACAGUGACCGUGUUGAAGAGUUUCAAGCAAUUGGUUGUGAAGUUUUGGCUUGCUCAAUUGAUUCACAGUUUUCACAUUUAGCAUGGACUGAACAGCCUCGAAACAAAGGUGGUCUGGGUAAAAUGAAAAUUCCAAUCCUCUCAGAUUUGACGAAACAAGUGUCACGUGACUAUGGCGUGCUUUUGGAAGAUCAAGGAAUUUCGCUCAGAGGCCUGUUUAUCAUCGAUGACAAAGGUACUCUUCGACAAAUCACUAUCAAUGAUUUACCUGUCGGUCGAUCAGUCGAUGAAACUUUGCGACUUGUACAAGCUUUGAAGUAUACUGACAAGCAUGGUGAAGUGUGUCCUGCUGGAUGGAAGCCAGGUGCAGAUACUAUCAAAACGGACAACGCUGAAGAAUAUUUCAAGAAACAAUAAGCACGUUAAAUUUGUUAAGAAAAAAAUUUAAUUCUUCAUCUUAAUAGAUUUUUAUUUACAUGUGAUUUUUUGAGUAACAGUUUGACGUGUAUGUCUCCCUUAUGUUGAUUGAUGUGUGGCAACAUACUGAUAAAUAUUUGAACUUGCUAACAAUCUCAUUCGCGUACAAUACAUCUUAUUUGUUUUAUGUCUAGAAAAUGCUAUGUUUACAUUUAACAGAAUCAAAUAGUAUAAAAACGAAGCUCGUAUAGGAAAUA